AUGUCUAAUCUUGUGGAAAAUGUUCAUGGUAUCAGAAGCCGAGCAUCACAGCUCAUUCAGCUCACUGCGAACAACAUGCCUGCGAAAAAUGUCCCCUUCGUCCUCAUCCUUGUGUUUCAUUUGAUUGGAAAUCCCUGCUCUCUCCUACAGCUGAUCCUCGUAGUGGGCGCCCUCGCGGCUGUGGCCUCCGCCGUCCCCCGUCCCGACUCUCCUCCCGUCUACGGCGCUCCUCCUCCGACCUACAAGCAGCCAGGAAUGCCCUUCGAGUUCGCCUACACCGUCAAGGACCCCUACUCGGGCAACGACUACGCCCACGCCCAGACCAGCGACGGUCACGUCACCUCCGGAUCGUACAGGGUGACUCUUCCCGACGGCCGAACCGAGAUCGUGGAAUUCACUGCCGAUCACGACAACGGCUACGUCGCCAACGUCGCCUACGAGGGGGAGGCCUCCUACCCCGCCCCUGCACCCUCCUACCGCCCUGCUCCCUCCUACCACGCCCCCGCUCCCUCCUACCCACCACCCACCACCUACCCACCUCCCCCACCCCACCCACAUCAAUAAAUCCCAUCCAUCCUCAGCGUGCAAAAAAUCUGAUGCCAAAGGAAGAACUUUCAAAGCUCAAGCUGCACCAUCAACGUUCACACACAAGUCACAGGGCAAGCCAAGGCGCUCGCCAAACAGUACGCGCUUCAUUACCCCCUCCUGGACGUCCGUUGCAAUGCUCGCUGGCCCCUUCGCUCACUCGUCCUGUUCAUGUUUUCACGGGUGAGGCAGUCGGCGUCAGUGGGUCAUUCAGUCGUUAUAUUUUAUCCUCGUAAAUAAAAGGAAAUCGAUGAAA